AUGAUCCGUCGAGUACAACCACAGUGCGGCGCGAGCUUGCCUGGUUCAAUCCUGACGACGAAAUUCUCGACGGAUGUUGCAGUUGCUUCUCCCUGCACUUUUUUCGUCCGCCUCCUCACUCGCCGGCCAUUCAGCUCCUCCGUGUCUCCGCUUAUUCAUACUCUCCCGACGGAAGAAUCUGACGCAUCGAGCGUUCCACACCGCCUGCUCUCAAUUCUCUCAAAACCCAAUUGGCACAAGUGUCCGUCACUGAAAUCAAUGGUUCCGGCGAUAAGCCCUUCACACGUCUCGUCGCUGUUCUUGCUCGAUCUACACCCCAAAACAGCUCUUGAUUUCUCGUACUGGAUCUCACAGAGUGGGAGAUUCAAGCACAGUGUCUACUCUUAUGCAUCUCUUCUCACUCUUCUCACCAACAAUGGGUACUUGGGUAUUGUGUUUAAGAUCAGGCUAUCGAUGAUGAAGAGAUGUGAAUCAGUAGAAGACGCUUUGUUCGUUUUGGAUUUCUGUAUUCGGAUGAGUAAAGAAGAGAGAUUUGAGCUUAAGUAUAAGCUUGGGAUUGGGUGUUACAACACAUUGUUGAAUUCGUUGGCGAGAUUUGGAUUGGUGGAUGAAAUGGAGCAACUUUAUACGGAAAUGUUGGAGAAUAAGGUUUAUCCAAACAUUCACACAUAUAAUAAGUUUGUCAAUGGGUAUUGUAAGCUAGGGAAUGUGGUGAAGGCGAAUCAUUAUGUGAGUAAGAUACUUGAGGCUGGAUUGUGUCCUGAUUUUUUCACAUAUACUUCUCUGAUUAUGGGACAUUGUCAAAGGAAAGAUUUGGAUUCUGCUUUUAAGGUUUUCAAUGAGAUGGCUUUGAAGGGUGUUCAUAGAAAUGAGGUUGCGUACACUCACCUUAUACAUGGUCUUUGUGUAGAGAGGAGGGUCGAUGAAGCUAUGGACUUGUUUGUGAAAAUGAAGGAUGAGAACUGUUUUCCAACAGUUCGUACUUACACUGUGCUGAUAAAGGCUUUGUGCGGUUCGAAACGGAAGUCUGAAGGGCUUAACUUGCUUAAGGAGAUGUCAGAGAGAGGCAUUGAGCCGAAUAUCCACACGUACACAGUGCUUAUUCGUAGUUUAUGCAGUGAGUGUAAGCUGGAUGAAGCGAGAGGGUUGCUGGAUCAUAUGCUGGAGAAAGGGUUGAUGCCUAAUGUGAUUACUUACAAUGCAUUGAUUCAAGGGUAUUGUGAGCAAGGGAUGGUUGGAGAUGCGCUAGAGGUUGUGGAGCUGAUGGAGUCACGUGGCGUCAGUCCGAAUACACGCACUUACAAUGAAAUGAUACCUUGUUUUUGCAAGAAGAAUGUGCACAAAGCAAUGGGAGUGCUUAAUAAGAUGCUGGUUCGCAGAGUGGUUCCGGAUGUUGUGACUUACAAUUCAUUAAUCGAUGGGCAGUGUAGAUCUGGUAAUUUUGAUAGUGCAUAUAGAUUGCUUGGUUUGAUGAAGGAUAGAGGGUUAGUUCCAGAUCAGUGGACGUAUAAUAGUUUCAUAGAUAAUUUGUGUAAAAGGAAAAGAGUGGAAGAAGCUCGAGACUUGUUUGAUUCUCUUGAGGGGAAAGGUGUGAGUGCAAAUGUGGUGAUGUACACUGCAUUGAUUGAUGGAUACUGCAAGUCUGAUCAAUCAGACGAAGCUAAUCUCAUGCUUGAGAAAAUGUUGAGUACUGAUUGCUUGCCAAAUUCUUUGACUUUUAAUGCUCUGAUUCAUGGACUUUGUACCGAUGGAAAGUUAGGAGAAGCAACGUUGUUGGUGGAGAGAAUGAAGAAGAUGGGUCUACAGCCUACAAUUGCUACGGAUACGAUUUUGAUUCAUAGAUUGCUAAAGGAAGGGGAUUUUGAUGAUGCGGAGAGACGUUUUCACCAAAUGUUGUCCACUGGAACAAAGCCUGAUGUACAUACUUACACAGUUUUUAUCCAAAGCUAUUGUAGAGAAGGGAGACUGAAGGAAGCUGUUGACAUGGUGGUGAAGAUGAAGGAAGAUGGUGUUUCUCCAGAUUCCAUCACUUAUUCCUCUCUGAUUAAGGGUUAUGGCGAUCUAGGGCAGACGGAUUCCGCAUUUGAUGUUCUCAAGCUUAUGGUUGAUGCUGGUUGUGAACCUUCUCAGCAUACCUUUUUGUCUCUGAUGGAACAUCUGCUAGUGAUGAGACAUGGAGCUGAUAAAAUUGGCGCAACAGGACUCUCUCUGAUGUCUGAUUUGUUUGAGUUUGACAUUGUUGUUGAGCUUCUUGAGAAAAUGGUAGAACACGGUGUGACUCCAAACGCCAAAUCCUAUGAAAAGCUGAUCAAAGGGAUCUGCGAAACUGGGAAUCUCGGAGUUGCGGAGAAGGUGUUGGAUCACAUGCAACGAAACGAAGGAAUAACUCCGAGUGAGUGGGUUUUCAACGCUCUUCUUAGCUGUUGCUGCAAGGUGGAAAAGUAUAAGGAAGCAGCAAAGGUUGUAGACGUUAUGAUUUGUGUUGGUCACUUACCACAACUAGAGUCUUGCAAAAUCUUGAUAUGCGGGCUGUACAAAAACGGAGAUAAAGAGAGAGGGACUUCGGUUCUCAAGAAUCUGCUUCAAUGUGGUUAUUAUCAUGAUGAAAUAGCUUGGAAGAUCAUUAUCGAUGGUGUUGGGAAGCAAGGACUUGUAGAGGCAUAUCAUGAACUGUUGAAUGUUAUGGAGCAAAGUGGCUGCAAGUUUAGCUCUCAUACACAUUCACUGCUAAUUAAAGGACCUCCUGAUAGCACAUGA